GCGCGCGGGAGGGUUGCCCAGCGGCGGGUGCGCGCCGAGGAACGCGCGGGCCCCCUUCGCGCGCAGCCCGGGGAGAGCGAGCGCCGCGCGCCGGCGCGCACGCCCGCCACACAGCUUUACUAUCUCGUGCCCUCGCGCGCCUCCCUCCUCGCCCGGCAUUCAAACAGCUUCCCGACGUCGCCAGCCCAGGAUUUUACCCCCAGCUCCUCAGCCGCGCUCCGUCCAUCAGUACCUGGCAGGGAGGAGGGCCGGGGAGGAGGGCGCACCAAGCAAGCAAACGGCUCCUGCUCCAGCCUCGCCACCGGCCGGGAGCACUCCUGCCACCAGCCCACCGCCCAACACGCCGCCCCAGCCAGCGCCGCCGGCCACUUCUCAGCGCUUUUUUGGCUUCUUGGCCAAUCCGUUUGUUGCGGGGGGGUGGGUUUGGGAAAACACAUCUGCGCUCUUUAUCCACUUCCAUUUUUCUGUUUGGUGUUUCUGUGGAGUCUCCCUUCAGGGGGCCUCUCCCCGCCUCUCCUUUGAAGGCUUCAUUCACUUGGAUAAGGCGCAAGGCUCUGGCCGCUGGAUACCACCGCCCCCCCCCCUAUUAUUUUUUUUUCCUUUUUUUCCCUCUGCCUUUCGUUUGCAUGCAUUAUUUUUUUUCCAAUCAUAAAUCUUAAUAUUUGAAGCUGAACCGGGGGGAAAAAUGGGCAACGGUGAUUGGGACCGAAGGGGAGUCUCUCCAUCACUGUUGUUGGGACGUGUGCCUGUUCUGGUGUCUUAGAUCAAGAGCCUCCCGGAGCUUUCGGAGUGGAAGGCCAAAUGACAUAGGAUGAAGGCUGUUCGUAACCUGCUGAUUUAUAUAUUUUCCACCUAUCUCCUGGUUAUGUUUGGAUUUAAUGCUGCCCAAGACUUCUGGUGUUCCACUUUGGUGAAGGGAGUCAUUUAUGGAUCCUAUUCUGUAAGUGAAAUGUUUCCCAAAAACUUUACAAACUGCACCUGGACACUGGAAAAUCCAGAUCCAACCAAAUAUAGCAUUUACCUGAAAUUUUCCAAAAAGGACCUUAGCUGCUCUAACUUUUCCCUUCUGGCUUAUCAGUUUGAUCAUUUUUCCCAUGAAAAAAUAAAGGAUCUUUUGAGAAAGAACCAUUCCAUAAUGCAACUUUGCAGUUCCAAGAAUGCUUUUGUUUUUCUACAGUACGAUAAAAAUUUCAUUCAGAUACGCCGGGUAUUUCCAACUGAUUUCCCAGGAUUACAGAAAAAAGUCGAAGAGGAUCAGAAAUCUUUUUUUGAGUUUUUGGUACUGAACAAGGUGAGCCCGAGCCAGUUUGGUUGCCAUGUCUUAUGCACUUGGUUGGAAAGCUGCUUAAAAUCCGAAAAUGGGAGAACCGAGUCUUGUGGAAUUAUGUACACAAAAUGCACGUGCCCCCAGCACUUGGGAGAGUGGGGAAUAGAUGACCAGUCCCUGGUUCUGUUAAAUAACGUCGUGUUACCCCUGAAUGAGCAGACGGAGGGUUGCCUGACUCAGGAGCUGCAAACUACUCAAGUCUGCAAUCUGACCAGGGAGGCCAAGAGACCACCCAAAGAAGAAUUUGGAAUGAUGGGAGAUCAUACAAUUAAAAGUCAGCGACCUCGAUCUGUCCAUGAGAAAAGGGUCCCUCAGGAACAAGCUGAUGCUGCUAAAUUUAUGGCACAAACUGGUGAAUCUGGUGUGGAAGAGUGGUCCCAGUGGAGCGCAUGCUCAGUUACUUGUGGUCAAGGGUCGCAGGUGCGAACCAGAACUUGUGUAUCACCUUACGGGACACACUGCAGCGGCCCAUUAAGAGAAUCAAGGGUUUGCAAUAACACUGCCCUCUGUCCAGUACAUGGAGUUUGGGAGGAAUGGUCACCUUGGAGCUUAUGCUCCUUCACAUGUGGCCGAGGCCAAAGAACACGAACCAGGUCAUGCACACCUCCUCAGUAUGGAGGAAGGCCCUGUGAGGGACCUGAAACUCAUCACAAGCCUUGUAAUAUUGCCCUCUGUCCAGUUGACGGACAGUGGCAGGAAUGGAGUUCAUGGAGCCACUGCUCAGUGACAUGUUCUAAUGGGACACAGCAGAGGAGUCGGCAGUGCACAGCAGCUGCUCAUGGAGGCUCUGAGUGCCGAGGACCAUGGGCUGAAAGCAGGGAGUGCUACAACCCUGAAUGUACAGCCAAUGGUCAGUGGAAUCAGUGGGGUCACUGGAGUGGAUGUUCCAAGUCCUGUGAUGGUGGCUGGGAGAGGAGAAUGAGGACUUGUCAGGGCGCAGCUGUAACAGGACAGCAGUGUGAAGGCACAGGUGAAGAGGUACGAAGAUGCAGUGAGCAGCGGUGCCCAGCACCUUAUGAAAUAUGCCCAGAGGAUUAUCUUAUAUCAAUGGUGUGGAAAAGGACUCCUGCAGGCGACCUGGCAUUCAAUCAAUGUCCACUGAAUGCCACAGGCACCACUAGCAGACGCUGCUCUCUCAGUCUUCAUGGAGUGGCCUCCUGGGAACAGCCGAGCUUUGCAAGAUGCAUAUCCAAUGAGUACAGACACUUGCAGCAUUCAAUUAAAGAGCACCUUGCGAAGGGGCAGCGGAUGCUGGCAGGUGAUGGAAUGUCCCAGGUCACCAAGACACUAUUGGAUUUAACCCAGAGGAAAAAUUUCUAUGCAGGUGACCUUCUGGUGUCUGUGGAAAUCCUGAGAAAUGUGACAGACACGUUUAAAAGGGCAAGUUACAUCCCUGCGUCUGAUGGGGUCCAGAACUUCUUUCAAAUAGUUAGCAACCUUCUUGAUGAAGAAAACAAGGAGAAAUGGGAAGACGCACAACAGAUUUACCCAGGCUCAAUAGAGUUAAUGCAGGUGAUUGAAGAUUUUAUACACAUUGUUGGAAUGGGGAUGAUGGACUUUCAAAAUUCAUACCUAAUGACUGGAAAUGUAGUGGCGAGCAUUCAGAAGCUCCCUGCUGCAUCUGUUCUAACCGACAUCAACUUCCCCAUGAAAGGCCGGAAAGGAAUGGUAGACUGGGCAAGAAAUUCAGAAGAUCGCGUUGUGAUUCCAAAAAGCAUUUUCACUCCCGUGUCUUCAAAAGAAUUAGAUGAAUCAUCUGUUUUUGUUCUUGGAGCGGUCCUAUACAAAAACUUAGACCUAAUUUUGCCUACUUUGAGAAAUUACACUGUCGUCAAUUCUAAAGUCAUCGUGGUCACAAUCAGGCCUGAACCUAAAACAACUGACUCAUUUUUGGAGAUAGAGCUAGCUCACUUGGCAAAUGGCACUUUGAAUCCAUAUUGCGUGUUAUGGGAUGACUCAAAAUCGAACGAGUCUUUGGGAACGUGGUCCACCCAGGGAUGUAAAACUGUGCUUACCGAUGCAUCCCAUACGAAAUGCUUAUGUGAUCGGCUCUCUACCUUCGCCAUUUUGGCUCAGCAACCUAGAGAAAUAGUCAUGGAAUCCUCUGGUACCCCCUCAGUUACCCUCAUAGUAGGCAGUGGCCUCUCCUGCCUGGCCUUGAUAACUCUAGCAGUUGUGUACGCAGCACUAUGGAGGUAUAUUCGCUCUGAGAGGUCCAUCAUUCUAAUUAACUUCUGCCUGUCUAUCAUCUCAUCCAAUAUCCUCAUACUGGUUGGACAGACUCAGACACACAAUAAGAGCAUCUGCACGACCACCACCGCGUUCCUGCAUUUUUUCUUCCUGGCUUCAUUCUGUUGGGUCUUGACAGAGGCGUGGCAGUCGUAUAUGGCUGUGACAGGAAAAAUCAGGACCCGGCUUAUAAGAAAACGCUUUUUGUGCCUUGGAUGGGGGCUGCCAGCUUUAGUAGUGGCCACAUCUGUAGGCUUCACUAGGACGAAAGGAUACGGCACGGAUCACUACUGCUGGCUGUCUCUAGAAGGAGGACUGCUCUAUGCCUUCGUUGGACCUGCAGCGGCUGUUGUCCUGGUCAACAUGGUGAUUGGCAUUUUGGUAUUUAAUAAACUUGUUUCCAGAGAUGGGAUCCUAGAUAAAAAGCUAAAACACAGAGCCGGGGCCUCUCUUUGGAGCUCCUGUGUGGUGCUACCGCUUCUGGCUCUGACAUGGAUGUCUGCAGUUCUGGCCAUGACAGAUAAACGCUCCAUAUUGUUUCAGAUACUUUUUGCCGUGUUUGAUUCAUUACAAGGCUUUGUGAUAGUCAUGGUCCACUGCAUUCUUCGGAGAGAGGUUCAAGAUGCAUUUAGAUGCCGGUUGAGAAACUGCCAGGAUCCAAUCAAUGCUGAUUCUUCAAGUUCUUUUCCUAAUGGACAUGCUCAAAUCAUGACAGACUUUGAAAAGGACGUAGACAUUGCUUGCCGAUCAGUGCUUCAUAAGGAUAUCGGCCCCUGCCGCGCAGCAACCAUAACAGGAACACUCUCCAGGAUUUCUCUAAAUGAUGAUGAGGAAGAAAAGGGAACAAACCCUGAAGGGCUAAGCUACUCAACAUUGCCUGGAAAUGUCAUUUCCAAAGUCAUCAUUCAACAGCCCACAGGCCUGCACAUGCCUAUGAGUAUGAACGAGCUAAGCAAUCCGUGUCUGAAAAAAGAGAACACUGAACUGCGGAGAACUGUGUACUUAUGCACGGAUGACAAUCUGAGAGGGGCCGAUAUGGACAUUGUCCACCCCCAAGAACGAAUGAUGGAAAGUGACUAUAUUGUGAUGCCUAGAAGUUCUGUAAGCACCCAGCCAUCAAUGAAAGAGGAGAGCAAGAUGAAUAUUGGCAUGGAAACCUUGCCGCAUGAAAGGCUAUUACACUACAAAGUAAACCCUGAAUUCAAUAUGAAUCCCCCCGUAAUGGACCAGUUUAAUAUGAACUUAGAUCAGCAUCUUGCACCCCAGGAACAUAUGCAGAAUUUACCCUUUGAGCCUCGCACAGCUGUGAAGAAUUUCAUGGCCUCUGAGUUGGAUGAUAAUGUGGGACUGUCAAGAAGUGAAACUGGAUCAACGAUAUCAAUGAGUUCUCUAGAGAGAAGAAAAUCGCGGUAUUCUGACCUUGACUUUGAGAAGGUCAUGCACACAAGGAAGAGGCACAUGGAAUUGUUUCAGGAACUAAAUCAGAAGUUUCAGACUUUGGACAGAUUUCGGGACAUACCAAACACAAGCAGUAUGGAAAACCCAGCACCAAACAAGAAUCCAUGGGACACUUUCAAACCCCCCAGUGAAUACCAACAUUACACCACAAUCAAUGUCUUAGACACGGAGGCAAAGGAUACUCUGGAGCUGAGGCCGGCCGAGUGGGAGAAGUGUCUGAAUUUGCCUCUGGAUGUGCAAGAGGGUGAUUUUCAAACAGAAGUGUAAGGCAAUCAAAAAGAACUUAGGUAGAGACACAGUCAAAUACACUGACACUGAGACUUGGGAAGCCUGACAUUUCCACCUGGACAGUGUGACUUUCCUCUGUCAGGACCCUUCUUGUGCCAACAUCAGUGUUUUCUUAUGGCAAUUUCUCACUGGUCAGGCUAGUGGAGAGAGACGGCCAAGUGUACAGUUCUCACCACCCCGUGUUGUAAGUACCCGUGGAAUGGAUUUGUAAGGUAAUCUUUAUAGAUAAACCUCAAGCAAGGAUUUCAUGUUGUAACAGCUUCAUGUGGUUUAGUUUUCAGAAAACUUCACCAUGAAGCACAAUGUAUAUAUUUAUGCAGUUUUUAAAGUUUAUAACAGUCUGUUUGGCCAUUACUACACUUUUUACUUUAUAAUAUAAAAGCAAAGUUUUUGUCAUUAAAUGAAUGUUUGUUGAGCUACAUUCUUCAUUGCUUUAAAUGCAAUAAAGUAAUAAUCUCACUUUUAUAUGAAUAAUAUAUUUCACAUCUUUAUUAUUGCAGUUUUCUCUAGAAGGCUCUGAGUAGCUUUCUCUGCUGCAGCUGUGUAUAAAAUAUUUAAAAUGUUGUAUGGUGUAAAUAAACUUUUGUCUACAUAUCA